AUGUCAGCAUCUUCUCCCCAUCUCGCGCCCGUAAUCUCCAUCUCCCACGGCGGCGGCCCGAUGCCCAUUCUCGGCGAUCCCUCGCACGCCGCCAUUGUAAAAUCGCUACGAACGCGAGUCCCUGAGAUCCUCAAACUCGGGACCCCGGAGCAGCCGCAGGCGAUCGUGUUAGUGACCGCACAUUGGAGUACCAAAGUACCCACGAUUAGUUGUUCGGAGAAGCAUGAGUUGUUGUAUGAUUAUUACGGGUUUCCGGAUGAGGCAUAUGCGUUGAAAUAUGAUGCCCCAGGGAGUAAGGAGGUUGCGGGGUUGGUGGAAGGGGUUUUGAAGGAGCGGGGUUUGGAGUCUAAGAUGGAUGAUCGCAGAGGCUGGGACCACGGCGUCUUCAUCCCGAUGAUGCUCAUCAACCCCUCCGCCAACAUCCCCAUCAUCCAACUCUCAGUCCUGUCCUCCGAAUCCCCAUCCACACACUUCGCCCUUGGCCGCGCGCUCUCCUCCCUCCGCGCCCAGAAUAUCGCGAUCGUCGGCUCGGGAUUCGCGUCGCUGCAUAACCUGCGCGCAAUGUUCUCGGGGCAGACACGCAUGCCGUCGUUUAAAGCGCUGAAUGAGGAGUGGAGUCGGCAAGUCACCGAUGCCGUACAAACGGCCGAUUUAUCUGAGAGGGCUGGCAAGUUUGAGGGAUGGAGGAAGUGGCAGGGCGCGUAUGAGAUGCAUCCUAGAGGCGGAGCGGAGCAUUUUCUGCCCUUGGUGGUGUGUGCGGGGGCGGGGGGUGAGGGGAGGGCUAAGGCCUAUGCGGACGAGUUUGCGGGGUUGAAUAUGUGGAGUUAUUAUUGGGACUAA